AAAGUCCGAUGGCAGUUCAGUAGCUCUCGAUCGACCAGAGGGAAAUCUGUCUGUUGACGCCAACAAGCAUUUUAACCUUGAUCGGAGGUUCAAUGGCCAAGAAUUAAACGAGAGAAUUGCAUGUCUCCGUAGCAAGCACGUGGACGAUAUUUAUUUGUGUUUAUUAUUAUUCUCAAGGCGAUGGAUAAUUUUUUUAAGAUUGAGAAAAUUGGGGAGGGUACUUACGGAGUUGUUUAUAAAGCAAGGGACAAAGUCACAGGGAAACUUGUGGCGUUGAAGAGGAUUCGACUGGAGACGGAGUCCGAAGGGGUGCCGUCCACUGCGAUCCGAGAGAUUUCUCUCCUCAAACAAUUGACACAUCCUAAUAUAGUACAGCUCUUUGACGUUGUCAAUGGAGACAAGGACAUCUACCUUGUGUUUGAGUACCUUCAGCAGGAUCUUAAGAAGUUUCUCGACUGUGCUAAGACCUGUACUGUCAAUCAGGAGCACUGGAACGCCCUCGUCAAGAGUUAUCUUCACCAACUCCUGGACGCCAUCUCCUUCUGCCACCUCCAUUUGAUGCUCCACAGAGACCUCAAGCCCCAGAAUUUACUCAUCGACACCGAGGGACACAUAAAACUUGCGGAUUUUGGACUGGGUAGGGCCUUUGGAGUUCCGAUGAGAAUGUACACUCACGAAGUCGUCACCCUCUGGUACAGAGCACCUGAGAUUCUCCUCGGGACCAAGCUGUACUCCCAUGCUGUAGACGUUUGGAGUCUUGGCUGUAUUUUUGCAGAGAUGGCCACUAAGAGAGCACUGUUUCCUGGGGAUUCUGAGAUUGAUCAACUCUUCAGGAUUUUUCGAACCCUCGGAACCCCUGACGAGGAGAUAUGGCCAGGUGUCUCCCAACUUCCUGAUUACAAGUCCAUGUUUCCACAGUGGGACCCCAGAAAUCUCGAAGAGGUCAUCCCCAAUUUCGAUAACGAUGCCAAAGACCUUUUUUCGAAACUUUUGACAUACGAUCCAAGUGAGAGAAUAUCAGCGAUGGAAGCUCUGAACCAUCCCUACUUCAACAACGUCAAGCUAGUGCCCCCAAUUUUGCCAAAGAAAGACUGAAACAAUUCUUCAAGUAUUCUGUUCCACACCCGAACAAUUUACCCCUCAUAUCAGUUACAAUUACCAAUGUUAAUGCUAUUUUUAUACCAAAAGUUAGAAAUACGAAACCAUCUGUCGACCAAUACAGUGCACUCGAGUGAUUAAUUCUGGGAAUUCAUUAAAAUUCAAUUUUUAUUACGUGCGAUUCGCUAAUGCUGAGGUCUCGAUUAAUUUUGGAAGUUUUAUUUCCGGGGAUUUAAUUUCCAAAUUUUGGUGAAGAGGUGGAUUGGGGGAUUGCGGUUGGAGUUUUGGGAGAUGAAGACCUGGAGAUGAUCGAGAACUCUCUGGGGAGUGAGAGCCUAAUUUGCUGGGAGUUGAGACUGGAGAAUCCUGGGGGCUUUUCACCCUCGAGGAUUCCUGUUUUUCCAUUACCACUACCUGGGGUGUUGGGGCUCGGGACUGGAGACUAGUGAUAACAGCUCGAGGAGUCACUGGAGACGUCACUGACGAGGGACGAGUCUUCGUUGGGGUCGAGGGCGGAGGCGUUGGCUCUGGCUUCUUCGAGUCUGAUUCAUUCUCCGACUGCAAGUCCCAGAAAAAUCCCAGUCAAGCUUUCAUCUAAUUUAUUACCGCCCUAGAAAUGUGCAGACUGACCUGGCUAUUCAAAAUCUCGAGACUAGUGUAAUGCUGGUGAUGAGUCGAGGUUUUCAAAGUGCGAGAAAAUAACUUGAAAUUGUUUUUCAUUUUUACAGUUUUACGAUAAAAUUGUAAAAAAAAAAAUUGGGAGUUUUCCCUGAAAUCAAUUUCACAGUGUCUCUCUCACACUUAAAUCCCCCCGACUAGCAAAAAAUCGGCUCAACUCAGCGUGAAGGUGAAGAAACUCAGUGCAAUAUCCUGGAUAUUCGGCUGUACUGAUCUACGAAAAAUUCUACACUCCCAAUAAAAACAGCCGCUCAAAAAAUCCCAAAGAGGACGAGGACUCAGGGUGCAAGAGAAUAAAGUGCGUAUAUUAAAUUUAGAAACAAAAAUAUUAUUAUAAUCAAUUAAUCCCUAAGUAAUGAUCUUUACGAUAGAAUACAGUUGAUGGUCAUUACACACUUGUCAUUACUCUGUUUCACAUUAGAAUUCUCUUAUCAUAAUUACUCUCAGCAUUUAUCAUUUAUUGUUUAAUGGAUACGAUAAACUCGUGUUGACGAAGUUGUGAUAUCUCUAUCAUUAAAUAUUAUUAGUCUUUAAUAAACGCAUUGUUAUGACGUAUUUGAUUAUCCUCGUCGUAAUCAAAACGCAUCAAGCGGUUAAAUGUGUAUGUUUGUGAUUUUAAUAAUUAAAAGUUCAACGUCUAGGGAGAAAUGUGUACAUGUGGACCACUGGAAAUCAAUUCUUCCACUAGUUUGUGAAGAUUAAAAUUGUGACACGAUUUCAUUACUCCGUUCUCUUCCCAAAACAAUCAGCUACUCCAGUUCAUUUUUUUUAAAAAACAUUUUUGAUAAUUCGCAAC